AAUAAAAACAUGGGCUGCACGGGGUUCAAGUAGUUAACGUGUAGACCUCACAGCGAGGAGAUGAGGGUUCAAUUCCACCCUCGGCCAUCUCUGUGUGGAGUUUGCAUGUUCUCCCCGUGCAUGUGUGGAUUUCUCCGGGUACUCCCGAUUUCCUCCCACAUUCCAAAAACAUGCUAGGUUAAUUAGCGACUCCAAAUUGUCCGUAGGUAUGAAUGUGAGUGUGAAUGGUUGUUUGUCUAUAUGUGCCCUGUGAUUGGCUGGCCACCAGUCUCGCCCGAAGACAGCUGGGAUAGGCUCCAGCAUACCCCUGCAACCCUCGUGAGGAAAAGCAGUAGAAAAUGAAUUAAUGAAUUAAUAUUUUUAAUUUUUUUUUUUAUUUUGGCCUCAAUUUUAUCUUGAGUUGGAACAGUUAAGGGUGUACUUCCUUAGCCUGCCUGUAGAGGGCGAUGUCACAACAUUGUUUUAAACACGAAGACAACGGUUACGGUGAUUGUUUGGCGUAUUGGUUUAGUUUAAACCCAAUGGCUUCAACAUGACAUUCUUCAAUCUUGGAUUUGCAAGGUUCAAUAAAUAAAUUUAGAGGAACUCCUUUUUUUACAUUGUUUUUAUUUGCGAGUUGGAACACUUAAGGCUGUACUUCCUUAGCCUGGCUUUAGAGGGCGGUGUCACAACAUGGUUUAAGACACGAAGAAGACAACGGUUGCGCUGAUUGGUUGGUUUAUUCUCUACCCAAUGACUUGUCAUCGUAACAUUUGAAACUCGAGCGGCAAUGGUUUUUCGACUAUUUGACCGUUUUAGGUUUUUGGACGCUUUGUUAUACUAAGUUCGGAGCGCGACCUAAAUGUGAGUCUACUGCGCGGCUAGGCUGCAAUCACCGACAGCAAAAAAAAACCAAACAUUAGUCUUCGUCCAGCAUGGCUAAUUUGUCAUCUGGGUGUUCUUCAUCUGUUCUGGAAAAUGACACGGAAACAAAUUGGGAAAAUAUCCCCCCCGCAUUACAUGCAGCAUCAUAUACGCAAAAAUUGGAUUCUGAAUACUUUCCGGAUAUCACACUCGUUGAUGUCACGCGAGAUUUCGAAAUGCAACCAAGUGAUUCGUCUGUAUUGAAAAGCAUCUCGGCAUCACCGCUGUCUCCAAUGGAGUCGGUUGGAAAGAUUGAGAAGGUAGUGCCUCACAAGAUCUCUCGGAAGGAUUCCGCUCCGACUCCAAGGAUGAAAGUAAACAAAGCAAACAGACACUUGGAAAGCAAUGCUUCUGUGUGUUGGUUGUAUGACGAGUGCUUACCAGACAUUACUGAUUUACACUCACCUUGUGGCUUCAUACCCACAACUGACAUUUCAUCAAAUCCUACCUUUGAGUCAAAUAUGGAACAUGGAGCAACUUUGAAUCGUGUUGAAGCCACCAAGAACAACACUAGCCAAAAUAUGAACGGGGAACCGAAUAGUUCUGUAGUUCCAGGUCUGACUGGGGAGUGUGCACUUAUUGAUCCAGAUAGCCUGCCUUCUUGUAAAAAGGCUAAAACCUGCGUGACAAGUAACAACAAAAUUACCAUAACAGAAACCACCUCAACCGACGAACACCACAAUACUGUUAAUGGAAAACCUCAGGCCAAUAGCACAAUAACAAUGUUGGAGAGUAGCUCCUCUGAUACUCACCCUCCCCAGUUCAAUAGUACAUUAACAUUGUCCGAAAAGAGCUCCAGUGGUGAUCACAACACCUUUGAUGCUAACCCUUCGCAAUCCAGUAGCAUAAUAUCUAAUAAUUCUAAUGAUGGCCACCAGCACACUUUUGUUGCUAAAUCUUCACACACCAAUGACACAGUAACAAUGUCGGACAGUAGCUCCAGUCAUGGUCACCAUAACACGUUUGAUACUAACCUCCCCUCUAAGAACAAUGACACAACAACAAUGUCGGACAGUCACCAUCAUCAUGCCGUCGAUGCUAAUCCUUCCUCUCAGACCAAUGGCACAGUAACAAUGUCGGACAGUAGCUCCAGUCACCAUAACACGUUUGAUACUAACCCCCCCUCUAAGAACAAUGACACAACAACAAUGUCGGACAGUCACCAUCAUCAUGUCGUCGAUGCUAAUCCAUCCUCUCAGACCAAUGGCACAAUAGUCACUUCCGAAAGCAGUUCUUGUAACGGUACCUUUGAUAUUAACCCUCCCCAGUUUGGUUGCACAAUAACCAGAAUAUCCAGAUGCUCUCUGGAUUCUAACCCUCCAUCUCGGUCCAAUAGCACAGUAAACAUGCCAGAAAGCCACUCAGUUGAGAAUCACCAAAACACCCGUGAAGCUAACCCUCUUCAGUCCGGUUCCAGGGACGGGAACACAGUGUCAGAAAGCAGUUCCACUGAUGUUCACCACAACGCCUUUGAUGCCAAUGUUUCUCAGUCUGGCAGAACAUUAACCGACUGUGCUGACGGUGGACACCAGCGUGCCUUCAAUGCUAACCCUCCAUCGCGGACCAAUGGCAAAGAAACAAAUUCUCAAAAAAAUUCAAAUGACGGGAACCAUAACACCUUUGAUGCCAACGUUUCUCAGUCUGGCAGAAAAUUAACCGACUGUGCGAACGGCGGACACCAGGGUGCCUUCAAUGCUAACCCUCCAUCGCAGACCAAUGGCAAAGUAACGAGUUCUCAAGGAAAUUCCAGCAUCAGGGAACAAAGCACCUUUAAUGCCAACCUCUCUCAGUCUGGCAGCAUAGUUACCGACCGCGCUAGUGAUGGUCACACCAACGGCAAAGUAACAACUUCUCAAGGAAAUUCAAGCGACACGGAACACAACACUUUUAAUGCCAACCCUCCUCAGUCAAAUAGCACACUACCAGUGUCGGAAAGUGACUCCAGUAAGAACAACCGCAACACUUUUGAUGCCAGACCUCCUCCUCAGUCCAGUGGCACAAUAACAAUGUCAGAGAAGAACUUUGAUGCUAAACCUCCAUGUCUCAGUGGAACAAUACCUGUGUCAGACAAUAGCUCCAGUCACAAUCACAAUGGUGACAAAACUUCUCAAUCCACUGGCACAAUAACUGUGUCGGAAAGAAACUCUGGUGGUGUUUGCACUAAUGACAAGGUGUUAGAACUGCUUCCGGGCAAAGAGUUUGCACCCUCGACCACUCAAUGUGAGACAAAGGACCCUUCUGAAUCUUUACACGGAGACCAAAGCAUAGAUACAAUCCUCAACAACAAAGCAAAAACGUUAAAUUUGGAUGACACCCUCGAUUUACAAAGCGAGGCGUUGAUUACUUCAACGCCAAUGACCAGUUGUAAAAUGUACACAUUCGUUGAUCGGGACGAGGGAAAAGUCGAAAAGCCAAAAAGUCUCGAUGGAGAUGCUGCCAGUAAGCCAGCGGUUCAGACAACAACAUCCAACGUGGCAUCAAACCACACCUGUGAUCGAAAGACGCUCUUUUCUGCCAAAUCCCUGUUGCCUGCCUUCAAACCUGCAACGCAGCUGCUCAAAUUCAAGCCGGCGUCGUUGCUUCCAGGACAAGGCAAGAUGAUUGGAUCAGGUCUCACUAUGAUGAGACGAAGACCUCCGGCUGAACCACGCACACUUCAGGAGAGUUCAGCUGUGUCCAGCUCAUAUAACCUGAGACCAUCAACGAUGGCAUCUAAGCUGCCAAAGUCUGGACUGGAGAGGCUGCAGUUGAGUGCAAGACCAUCAAGCCUCCCCAAAGUGUUGCCACUCAGCAGACUGCCACCCACGAGAAGCAGCACACUGGCUUCCUCGAGUGCUGUUUCAAAUACUGCAGUCAAGAUUCCCCAAACGAGGAAGCACAACUUAGUCAGAGACGAACCGGUUGUGAAGAAGACAAAAAUGGAUGUUCACACUUCAGCCGGUCACGCUGUAGCAUCAGCAUCUUCUGAGGUUGCAACAAGCUCAGCCAGAACCUUGAGGCAGUCUGCCAACAAUCAGCGAGCUGUGGUUGCUAAAGGCCAAAAGGAUGAUGCUGCAGUGUCCACCUCUGCUGAGCCCUCAGCAGGUUGUGAGGCUGCCUCCAGAACUAAAAGCCUAAAAAUGCCUGUGACUAAUCAGAGACCUCUGCUGGCUAAAGGCCAUGGUUGUGCCAACUGCGUCGUGUUGGAGCGGGAGCUUAAAAGACUGAAAGAAGAACUGAAAAAGUACAAGAAAGAAGAUGACAUGUGAAGCACCCCAUUCCAUCAUCAAUAUUACAAAUUGUGCCACCGUUCACAUUCAUAAGGUUUUCAUCUAUUGUAAUACAUUUUGUGUAUGUAACACUUAGUCACGACCAUCAAGUUUUUUUCACAUAUAUCUAUCUAUAUAUAUGUUACGUUGCUUUUCACACAAGGCCAUAUGGUCAGUGGCCACAGAUGACCUUUCAAAAAUUCAGUUUUUCGAAAGAAGAGCAAAAUUGUUGAAUUCAGUAUAAUUUUAAAAAGCUAUAAAUGUAUAAUUGUUACAAUUUACAUAAUAUCUACAU